UAUACAAAUACAAUAUGGCCGAAAGAAGAGGAAGUUUGCGAAUCUUAACGAAUGACAUUUUAUUAAAAGUUUAAAAAAAUUUUUUAAAUUUGAAUGUUCGGUCGAUACCGUGUGUUUACUAUCUUUGAUGAACGAUGGAUUGCGGGAUAUAUUAAAAAUUAGUUCGUUGUUCUACAGUCACAUUGAACGAUUAUGUUACUGAAUGAUUGUUGGUGAGAGAUGUUAUGUUUAUUUCUUUAAUACGAGAAGGCGUUUGUAAGGUGCUGUCAUGGACACUGAUGUUGAACUGUCUAAAGAAGGAUGUGAAUCUGGUCCAGGUUGUUCCGGUUAUUCUAGCAUGGUGCACAGUAAGAAAGUUAUCAAACAUGCAUUGCGGCAACAAGCCAAGAGACGUAGGAAAAAUACCACCAUAGCAGCAGGAAAUUCUCGUACUUUGCCAAGAAUCGUUGUUAAGCCACUGCCACCACCUCCACCAAACGAACCACCACCUCCGGUCAACAAUGUACAACACAUCAAUACAGUAGUUGAAGAACCUGCUGCAACAAUGAGGGAAGUUCUGGCUAGUUUGCCAGGAUUUAGUUUAAAAUCAGGACGAAGACGUUCAACAAAGAGAUUAUCUGCAACUGCACAAUUAGAAGCUGGUUUAGUAGAUCUUGAAUCACCAGCAAGCAUUUUAGCUAGUACAAGUUUACGUGCUCUUUUAAACAGGCAUACGUUCCAAGGCCUUCCUCCUUUAUAUCAGAGAAAACUCGCACAGCUUUUACCUGCCGUUGACAGACAGGAUGCAGCAACUUCUGGAUUAAAUAAUGAGUUUUUUGCUCGAGCUUGUUUAGAAUGGCGUAAACGAUUAGCAGAAGGAGAAUUUACUCCAGAAAAUCAACAGCGAUUAAAGAUGGAAGCAGAGCGUGACAAAAAUAAAUUAGAUCCUUGGAAAGUAAAACAUUUUGAACCCAUUUGGGGUGAAAAACGUGAACCUAAACUAAGAUCGGGUCUUCAUUGUAUUAAUGAAUCACGAUCUAGUGGUGCGGUUACACGUUCGAGCCUAAGGUUACGUUUAGAAAACAAUAUUGAUACAAUUACAUCAGAAAAUACUCAUUGUCCUAUUGUAUUGUCAGAAGAUAAAAUUGAGGAAGACAGUUGUAAAAUUGACAUUAAUACGAAUAACACAGAAGAUAUAAAUGAUGCACAGGAAGAGCAAGCAAAUCUUUUAUCAACUGAAUAUAAUGAAUCUAUACACACUGACUCUGUAGAAAUAGCAGUAAGCACACAAUUAUGUCAGGAAAGGAUAGAUGAUGCUAUUCAUGUUAAUGAUGUUACAGAAGAAACACCAAAAAAUAAUGAGAUAGAAAAUCAAAUUUGUCAAGAAAAGAAUGUAGAUACAUAUAUGGAAGAAGAGAUACAGGAAAAUCAUAAGGAAGUGGAAGAUGUCAAAGAUCACCUUCUUGAAGUUGCAGAAGAAAAUACAGGAACUUUAUUAGAGGAUAAUUCAUCAUUAAAAUCUAAUGAACAAUCAGAACAUGUAUCUUUAGAAGAGCCAAACUCACAAUUGCCCAAGGAAUGUACACCUGAAACUUCGGUGGAUCAAAUAUCUCAAAUAUCAAAAGAACAAAUUACCCAAAUUUCUGAUGAUCAAAUUUAUCAAAUAACAGAUUGUGAAACUAGUACUGCACUUGGAAAUUCACCGACACAUUCUCAAGUUAGAACAAGUGAUAUUGUGAUGGAUGAAUCAAAUUUGAUGGUUAAUAAUACACAAUCAGAAUCAGGACCAGUCUCACAUGAAAAUUCAGCAGAUGGUGAGUCACAAAUUCCUGAGGGAAUGGAAAUUGAUAGUGAAACUUUGCAACGUAUACACGAGCUAGAGGUACGCGGGGAAAUGCGAGAAGCUUAUGAAGAAAUUUCAGGAUGCCCAGAAGAAAUUAUGUAUCCUAUUUUAGAGAGUAUGGAAAUGGAAUCAAAUAAUACUGAAGAAACAGAGGCUCAGGUGACUGCACAAGUAGAAGAUGUUAGAGGGCCGCAAGACGUAACUGGCGGAAAUGAAGAUGAAGCUUUGAGAGAAGCGAAUAAUUAUGUUUGUUCAGAAAUGUUAGAGUGUAGUUGGACAGUAGAUCCUGCUGUUAAUACCAUCAAUAAUAACAAUAGGACACAAGAAGAACUUCAAGUUCCCUGGCCUUUAGUAGCUGCUGCUUUAGACGGUUCGGUUGCUGCUAAUAUUACAGUGACUACACAAGAUGAAUGUGGUGAAACACCUGCUACAACUGAAUCAACAAAUGCUGCACAACAAUUCAUAAACUCAGACGCUACCGUUGAAUCUGUUAACUGUAUUCAACUUCCCGUCGUUCAAGGAACUCCUUUCCAAUCUGAAAGCUUAGCAAUUGGCAAUCCAGGAACAAGUUGCAUAAUGAAGAAUCUUCAAUCACAGAAUCCACCAAUUAUUGCCUUUCCACAAUUGCAAUCUAUUAGAUUUGUACAAACCAGUUUUCAUUCAGAGCAAAAUACAACACCAGUAUUGAACAAUGCUACUGCAAUUUCGACUCAGUUACAAAAUCAGCCGAACUCAACUCCGCAGGUUAACAUUAUGAGAGCACAGGAUGAAAUUGUACAGUUGAACACACAGAAUAAUAUUCUGCAUAAUAAUAUUCGUGAUAAUGUGACACAAAAUCAAAUUCAAAAUACAGUACCAGUUGGAAUUGGAGUGCAAACACAGAAUAGAGCACAAAAUACUAUUAUGGUUCAACAUCAAGCAACAACACCUACACAGUCGCGUCAAAUCGUCGCCACUUUACAUCAACAGCAGCAACAACCACAACAGUAUCACAAUACAGCUGUGUCAGUUUCUUCAAGAACAUCUCGUUCUAAUAAUCAAGGAAAUCAAAGAGGUUCUAGGAAUAGUAACAAAGAACAGGGGGGAGGAAGAUCCAGAGGUACAACUAAGGAACCACCAGGAGCUGUUAAUUUAGAACGCAGCUAUCAAAUUUGUCAAGCGGUAAUACAAAGUUCACCAAAUAGAGAUCAACUUAAAGCCCAUCUUAAACCACCACCUAGUUUGUUAGCAAGAGGUGAUGGAGCGUUUACAACUAGUAAGUCUGGCGGGCGAACAAUCACAACACUUAAAACUCAAAAAUCACAACAAUCAAUGCAACAUAAUAAGCAAGGACAAAAUAAGCCUCAAGCUGUCAUGCUUAGGCAUGUGUUUGCUACAGCACGUCAAGCAACAUCUACAGAGGUUACAGAAAGCAAUACAGUAGCGCAGUUAGGAUCUACAGCUACCAGUGCACUUGGACAAUACAUUCUUGUGCAAAGGACAGGUGUCGGAGAUGGUGCACCAAGAGCGUCAUCUGCACCACCAUUACCUCCUCAAAUUGCAGGAAUGGGUGUUGGAGUACAUUUGGUUAGAGGUAGACCAGCGAGUGCAGGAGAGGGUUCACAUCAAGCAGUUACGCUAAAGGCACGAGGUACCGAUGGCAGAGGAGCAGGCGGAGCUGAACCUGGAGCGCCUGGUAUGAUUAUGGGUGGAGAUCCGCCACCCCCUUGCGAUUGCAAUAUGCGGGGUGCUAUGGUAAUCUGUCGACAAUGCGGUGCCUUUUGUCACGACGAUUGCAUUGGACCACAGCGUAUCUGCGCUACUUGUCUUAUACGUUAAUUGUCAUCUAUUAAUUGUUUAUAUAUAAAGGUAAUUAACACUAGGAAGAAAGUGUUGAAUAUCAAACAAAAAUGUCGAACAGUAUUUGCAGCCAUGUAUGUGAACGUUAUAUUAUGAUUUAUUCAAUUGUGACAUAGUCACCUCCUCCUUGGACAAUUUUUCAAAGUAUUAUAUGUGGUUCUAGAAAAUAGACAAAAAGAAACUAAUGCUACAAAAGAAACUGAUAGUUUAUCAUCAGCACUUUAAUAUUAAUACUAUUCUACGUGACAAGGGUAUCAAGGAUAUAGUUUAAAAGAAAUUAAAUUUGUUUAGUUAUCAUAUUAAUCUCUGACAUUCAUAUUGAAUUGAGCAUUCAUUUUAUUUUUGUUAUUUAACAACUUUAUGUACGUAUAUAUAAUAUGUUAGAAUAUUGAUCCAGUAUAUUUUACAUUAUGAAAUAAUUUACUAUUUUAUGAUAAUUUGUAUAUUAUGUUUUGUACAGACAAAUUUUUUUAUACUCUCUUAUAUACACGCUCUUUUACCCUUUCUCUAUCUCUUUUUGUUUUAAAUCUUUUAACGCGUGGAAGGAUAAUGUAUCUAUUAUAUUGUGCUUUAUGAUAUAAAACGUCUUAUAUUUUUAUCGCUGGAAUUUUGUUUUCUGUGAUGACAUAAUUCGAUUUUAUUAAAUUUCACGUUUAUCUUAUUGGUACGAUAUUAUUAUUUAACUGUAUAAAAUCUCAUUACAUAUCAUAUUAUAUUUAAACAUUAUCACAAUAUAAUUAUCUCUCAUAACAAUAUUUAGUAUCUUAAUCCAAUAAUACCAUAAACGUGAUUAUUCCAGAAGUUGUUAGUAUUUAUAAAUAUGAAUUUCAACUGUAUCCUUGCAACUCAGAUUUGCAGUAAGAAGUAAAUCUCUUACAGUCCGACUCUAAUACCGUCUUCCACUCAAUAUUACAUUCUGUAAUAUGCAUCGCGCGCUAUUUAUUUAUUAAUGCAAAUUUAAAUUCAUUCUCAUUGUGUAGGAAAUAUCCCUGUACAUGGUGGUCAUAAGACUAUAUAAUGAUCUCUUAUAAUGACUUUCUUAAGUCCCCCAAGGAGACUGUUAAAGUAUGACACUUUAGAACAGAGUUUAAAAUGUCAUUUGCAUAAUAUUAAUUAUGGUAUUAUUUAAAUACGUGCAAGAUAGGCCAUGGUGUACAGGAAUGCUAUUUACUAUAUAAUAUAUUAGAGCUACAAUCAAUUAAACAGUGAAGAAUCAAUUUAGCUGUUACAUCUUAUUUUGUUAUAGAUAAUCUCUAAAACAUCUCUCUAAGUCCAUUAUUCAUUUUUCAUUAGUACCGUGUAACUUAAGAAGAAAUCAAUUUCGUCAAUUGACAUUACAUUUUGUAUAUAGUCAACAUUAUAAUUACUCAUUUUUAUAUAUUUGUUCAUUGCUCAUUUGUAACUUUAUUAUAUCAUUGAUACGACUUCAAUCGUGCACGAUUGUCAUUGCGAAAUAUAGGGACUCUUGGCUUCGCGCGUAAUAUUUUUUUUUUUUUCAUGUUAUAUUUUAUUCAUCAAUAUUAGUAAUUAUAUAAUUAAAUUUCAGUAGAAUAAUCGAUGUAUUUGUCGCUCAAAUGUAAAUAAAAUCAUAUUCGUUUAUCGUGUGUGAAUUAGUUUAAUACGCAGAUUGUACAUGGCUUAAUCGUAUGUACAAUUCUUCUCGAAAUGAAUUUGCACAUAGAGCGUUUUACAGAAGAGUUAAGAUAUGCAAGGUAAAGUAGCCCUAUAACAAUAAUUAUUCACUCCAAUUAUUCUAAUGACAGUCAUGAUUUUUAUCAAUUUCUGGUGAAAUAUUCGAAUUGUGAAAGUAUAUCAGAAAGUAUACUUGACAAAUAUACUUGACAUUCUUCUGCAAAUGCCUGCUAAAAAUUAAAGUCUGUAAUAGCUACUAUAUAAGUAAAUUAAAAAAAAAAAAAACAAUAUAUAUAUAUAUAUACACGUACACACAUAUAUAUGUGUGUGUUGAAGUACAUUGUUGCAAUAUUGUAUAAGGGAAAAAAAAAAAACUACAAAUAUACAUGUAUCUAUCCAACUGUGUUGACCAAGACUAAAGUACUUAAAAUAUAAAGGAAUUUAAGAUUGUGGUCAGUAAAUAUCUUCAAUUUAAAGCAGCAGAACUGAUUAUCAUAAUCAUAAUAGAUGCAUAGAGACUGAAAUACAAAAUUAGGGCUACUCAAAUUCUUUGUCUGUUUUUAAAAUACAAAAUUUUCAUAUAAUAGUAGAAGUUGACAGAGACUAUCUUUACUUCUUUAAAUAAAAAUCUCUAUUAUUUCGUAUCACAUACAUAUACAUAUAUGGAUAUGUCUAGCAAAAUAUAAAUUAUAAUUAUUUUAAUUUUUUCUAAUAUAAAAUGAAUUGUUUAUUCAUUCAGCACAUGUAUCUUUUAUUAUUAGUUUCUUCCAUGUACGUGACUUGGGUUUUACUUAAUAAGUGUGGUAGACUCAUACAUAUGUGUAGUGGUCUACUGCAGAUUUAUUUGUGCGAAAAUUGCACAUUAAACAAUUUACAGAAAAUUAUAUAUUGAUUAACCCCCUCUCCAUAAAAAUAAAUAAAUCCAUUUUUUAAUAAACAGUAUUCAUUAUA